AUGGUUGAUAGUCUCCUCGCCGUUCCCUUCAAGCUCGCCGACGUGAGGAGCUGCUUGGCCGGAGUCGCGAUCCUCAGUGGAGAGCUCCGUCGCAGAUCCCGUGCGAAGCGUGGAGUCGGCGAAUUUGAGGAAGGGCGUCAGAAACGGUGCGUGAGAAACGGUAAGAAUGCGCUUCUGGAGUUUACGCAUGUUGUGAAGGCGAGGGAGCAAGUUGUCGCUGGAACUCUACAUCACUUGAUGGUGGAGGCAGUUGUGGGAGGGGAGAAGAAGCCGUACGAGCCCAAAGUGUGGGUGAAGGCAUGGCUUAAUUUCAAACAGGUUGAAGAAUUCAAGCAUAUUGGCGAACAAGGUAAAUCUGGCGUCAAUUCUUAG